AUGGACCGGCUGUUCUCCAAGCUCCACGACCAGCGUGAGGAUCCCAAUCGUGACACCAAAGCCAACCGCCGAGGUGAUUUUUCCUCUAUACACUCCGCUAUCACAAUGGGAUCUGGAGCCAAGCGGCCCAUCAGGGUGCAUCAGAAGACCGACUGGACGGCGGCAGCGGAAGAGGCCCUGCACAACGACCCGGACCUUGCAGAUCUCUGUGGAUGGCAGUCAGGUAUCUUCACUCACAACUUCCCCCUGGUGUACGGCCACCUCUACAGGACCCUCAAUGCGCUUCUGGGACGCGACCCAUCCCUGCGACUCAACUUCCCAGACAGGUCCAUAUACACUGGAUUCUCGGUGAACUAUGGGCCUCGUACAGCAACCCUACCCCACCUCGACAGCGGGAACUACCCAAGCGUUCCCUGCGUCAUCACCAGCCUUGGCCGCUUCAAUCCCGAUCGCGGCGGCCAUUUAUAUUUUCCAGACCUAAAGAUAUAUAUUCGGUUCCCUCCGAAGUGCACAGUUCUCUUCUCCUCCGCCUCCAUCAAGCACGGCAACACGGCGGUCAGGGGUGCUGAUGCCGAACGCAUGUCCAUCACUCAGUACGUCGCAGGCGGGAUUGUUCGCUUCGUUCGGCACCGCUUCCGUCUCGUCAAGGAGAUGUCUCGUCAGGAGCGGCUUCGUCUCGAUGGCCCUCCCGGCUACCAGUGGAUAAAGCAGAGGUCUAGGUUCUCCACCCCUGAGCUGCUUGUUGACCAUCGUCGACAGAUGCGUAGCGAUCUCGACCCCUACCUGAUUGAAUAG